ACAGGAUGCCCUGUCGGUAUUUCCUGUCUCCUGUUGCACUGGUUAAGCUUAAUUUUCAGAAAUCAGCUAAGUCUAAAGUCAAUAAUGCUAUCAUAAUCUCUCUGACUUUCCAUAGCUGAUAUGAUAUAUAAUAAAGUAUUUGUACAACUGGGAGCAAAAAGCCAGCCUGCUUUGUUAUCUGGUUUGAUAAGAAGCGUUUUAGUCAUAUGCAAAUAAAAAAAGUGAUUUGUUGAGUAUAAAAAGUCACAUCAAGAGAGAGGGAGGUUGCAGUCAGCAGCCGCUUCUGCAGCCCCUCGGCUGAGCAACAUGAGCCCUAGCACAGCUCUGGGCAGGGCAGAGCCCGGCUGUGAGCUGGGAUCACCAUCCUCCUCUAAUGGCCACUCCUGCGGGUUUCUCACCUGGAGGGACCACCAGGCUCUUCUGUGCACACACAGGGCCACGAACCAGAUUCUGUGCCUGGUGCACACUUUCACUUUGGGGAGGGGAAAGAGUCUGGGCUACAGCAGAGCCAAGAGGAGGGAUGGGUCCCAGCAAGGUUGGGUGGUCCUCAGCACUGCCCCAGGCUGAAGGUCUGGCCUUGACCCCAGGCACUGGAAGAGGACCUCUGGGUUCAGUGCGCAGCAUGGGGCAGGAUUUGACCACAGCUCCUUAGAAAUGCCUCUCAGUCCCAUGACUGUAAAUUUGGUGAGGUGAGAGUGUGGGACACUGCCCCAUCUCCAGGGCUAUGACCCCAGAACAGGACACUUUCACUUCUACCUCUCUGGGGAGGGAGGAUUUCUUUUCUCCUUUACAUUGAGCCUAACCCAAAUUCCUGGGCUUGGGUGCAGCAGAACGACUAAGAGUGACUAACUCCAACAAGAAUUUUACCAGAAGGGAGUAGCAGUUCUGGGCUGCAGACAGUGAUGACAAAUCUUAGAACUCAAGGCUCUUCUUUAACAGGAGGGUUUGUUGUUUGGGUUUUGGAUUUUUUUAUAUCGUCCUUUUUAUUACUUUUCAGCUGUACAGUGUGUUCUCAGACACAGAUUCGCACUUUCAUGGUUUUUUAUAGUGACCAUCAUUUUUUCAGAUAACAGGACAGUGAACAACUGGGCACUUGGCCAGCUCUUUCCCAUUGAAACAAAGGGAGAUUCUGCAAGAGGGCUUCCCCAGAGCUCUCUAAAAGGAUUUUCUGUGACCAUAUUCCACUGACUCCACCACCCCUCUGACCCUUACUCAGCACAGUCUGUGAUGCUGUGAGCUAGGACCUGAGUGGCCUUGCCAGAGAGUUCCACCAUCACCUUUUCCCAGCAGAAUUGUUCGAGUUCUCUCAAAUACCCCAUCCUUUUUUGCGUCUUUCCAAGAGUCAUGUUUAGUCCUAUACUAUCAUGCCUACCACAAAUUAAUGAAUCAACUUUUUGGCUGUAUAUUUGCCAAGGGGUGACUGCCAAAAUGAGACUUUCGAGUAAACCAGAAACUAUGCAGGUCUGCUCUGGUAAAGCAGCCAGGACCUUUCUCAACAGUGCAGCCCACAGGAAAAAUCAUGAGGCAGGCUUUAAAAUAACAAGAUUAUUUCCAACCAUUGAAAAUGGUCUGUCCUUUAUUUUGACUUUCUGGCAUAAAAAACUUUCAGAGAUUUCUCAGUUUUAAUUUUUCAAGCCUUUUCCUUGUGUGCUGCAGGGCUAGAAAUCCUUGUGCUGGAGCUGGUGAGGGAAAGUGAGACUCUCCUAUAGUUUCUUCAGUCCCCCAAGUGCUUGGUUUUGUGGUUCAACUAGCCCCCAGGUUAGUUAGAGCCUCGUGUGGGCUCGCCAGCCCAGGGAAGCAGAGGUCUUGGUGGCAUGGCAGGGAGGGCAGGUAAUGUUAGUGGCUGGCUUUGAGUCUGGCAGGUUUAUCCCCCUUUUGUGGGACAAACUGGCCUCGCUGGGAGCAAUUCAGCUUUAAAACGAUUGCAUUCAACUUUGAAAAGGACUUACAUUGGAUAACUUAAUCACUGUGGGUCUGAAAAAUAGUAAUCCUGCCUAAAAACAUAAAAUUUGGCACCAGGUAUUAAUUAGACUUUGCUUUUCUGUUUCUCUGUGCUGAAUCAUCUCCUCGCACCCCUUGCUGCUAACAGCAUGGCUGAGACGAGCGGUGUCCUCCAGGGAGAAUGGCCUUGAAGACAUGCUCCCCAUCUCCAAAAGGAUGCACCGCUGUUUCCACAGCCUCUUGCUGCUGUCCCUCCACUUGCAGCCUUGUCAGGCUCUCAUGUUGUCACGCACAAGCACUGCAUUUUGCAAGCGUAUUUGCUAUUACAGCAGACAGGAAGAGAUUAAGACAAAUCAUUCACAAUGUCAGUCAAAAAGGAAGGUGCCCACAAGAAGUGGGCUGCCCUAAAGGAAAAACUUGGACCCCAGGAGACUGACCAGUCAGAGGCCAACCUGGAAAAUGCAGAACCAGAGCUGUGCAUCCGUCUCCUGCAAAUGCCAUCAGUGGUGAAUUACUCUGGGCUGAAGAAGCGGCUGGAGAACAGUGAUGAUACCUGGAUGGUCCAGUUCCUGGAGCUGUGUGGUCUGGACCUCCUCCUGGAGGCCCUGGACAGGCUGUCUGGGCGAGGAGUGGCCAGGAUUUCUGAUGCCUUGCUUCAGCUCACCUGCAUUAACUGUGUGCGAGCGGUCAUGAACUCACACAAAGGCAUCGAAUACAUUGUGAGCAACGAGGGCUAUGUCAGGAAACUAUUCCAAGCACUCGACACAACUAAUGUCAUGGUCAAAAAGCAAGUAUUUGAGCUCCUGGCUGCGCUGUGCAUUUACUCAUCAGAUGGCCACGCUUUGGCUUUGGAUGCCCUGGACCAUUACAAGAGUGUGAAAAACCAGCAGUAUCGAUUCAGCGUCAUAAUGAACGAGCUCUCCAACACAGAUAACGUGCCGUACAUGGUGACACUGCUGAGUGCUAUCAAUGCCAUCAUACUGGGGAAAGAAGAACUAAGAACAAGGACACAAAUCAGAAACGAGUUCAUAGGACUUCAGUUGUUGGAUAUUUUAGACAAGCUAAGAGACAUAGAGGAGGAGGAUCUGCUUAUCCAGUGUGACACAUUUGAGGAGUUCAAGAUAGAAGAUGAUGAGGAAUUAUUAAAGAUAUGUGAUGGGAUAAACAUGAACGAUCACCAUGAAGUCUUUUCAUCUCUCUUCAAUAAAGUGAGCCGGUCUCCGGUCUCCAUCCAGCUGCUGUCCAUCCUCCAGAGCCUGCUGCACUUGGAACCAUCUCAUCACUCCAGCCUCCUGCUGUGGGAGUCCUUGGACGCAGUAGUGAACAGAGCCCUUUUGCUUGCAAAUGACAUCCAAGCAAAUACAGUUGAAGAAGUCAUCGAGAGGCUGCUGUCUAUCAAGAAACAUCCAAACAAGCAAAAGCGAGCUGAAAACCAGCUGUCCGGGAGUGCAAAUGGAAGCAUCCAGGCUGAGCUGGAGCCAUGUCUACGUACAUCUCGGACCCCAGCAGGAUCAUCAAACCCCACCAAGACACCAGCACCUUCCUCAGGGCCACCUGCCAAUGAAAAGAAGAUCUCAUCCUCCCAGUUCACAGGCUGCUCUGUUUUGCCAGAGACAUCUAACCCUCCACUGAAUGCUGCUCCCACCCAGGCACCUCCACCUGCACCACCUCCACCCCCUCCCUCUGGCACAGCAGUUGUGACCCCCACAUCUCCCAUGAUAAAUGCACCUCCAACCCCUCCACUCCCUGGCAUCCCUCUACCCCCAGCCCCAUUGCCCAGCAUGGCAGGUAUCCCCCCACCUCCACCCCCCUUGCCCAGCAUGGGAGGCAUCCCUCCUCCUCUACCCCCAUUGCCUGGCAUGGUGGGUAUCCCUCCCCCUCCACCCCCAUUGCCUGGCGUGGUGGGUAUCCCUCCUCCUCCACCCCCAUUGCCUGGCAUGGUGGGUAUCCCUCCUCCUCCACCCCCAUUGCCUGGCAUGGUGGGUAUCCCUCCUCCUCCACCCCCAUUGCCUGGCAUGGGGGGCAUCCCACCCCCUCCACCCCCAUUGCCUGGUAUGGGGGGCAUCCCUCCCCCUCCACCCCCAUUGCCUGGUAUGGGGGGCAUCCCUCCUCCCCCACCCCUCCUGCCCAGCAUGGCAGGAGACCAUAUAGAAGCCGUAGUGGCCUCCCAGGUCAGCUGCCCUCUCGGCUUGGGCAGACCUCCCCGUAAGGCAGUGAAGACACCAACGCUGAGAAUGAAGAAGCUGAACUGGCAGAAGCUGCCCUCCAACGUGGUGAGAGAAAGUCACUCAAUGUGGGCUUCAGUGAGCAGCAGCAGUGAGGAAACUAUAGAGCCCAAUUACACAAGCAUUGAGCAGCUGUUUUGCUUUCCACAACCUACCCCCAAGGAGAAAAUGGCUGCACCAGUGAAGGCAGAACCCAAGGAGAUCACAUUUUUGGACUCCAAGAAAAGUCUCAAUUUGAACAUAUUUUUGAAGCAAUUUAAAUGCUCCAACGAAGAGGUAGUUGCCAUGGUGCAGAAUGGAGACCGGACCAAAUUCGAUGUUGAGGUUCUCAAGCAAUUGCUGAAGCUGCUGCCUGAAAAGCAUGAGAUAGAAAACCUGAAGGCCUUCAAAGAAGAGAAAUCCAAGCUAGCAAAUGCAGACCAGUUUUAUCUUCUCCUCCUUCAGAUUCCCAGCUACCAGCUGCGCAUUGAAUGUAUGCUGAUCUGCGAAGAGACCACCGUUGUGCUGGACAUGAUUCAGCCAAAAGCUGAAGCCAUCCGGAGAGCCUGUGAAGAUCUUCUGAACAGUCAUCGCCUGCCGCUUUUUUGUCAACUGAUACUCAAAGUUGGAAACUUUCUGAACUAUGGAAGUCACACGGGCGAUGCCGAUGGGUUUAAAAUCAGCACUUUACUCAAACUAACAGAAACCAAAGCAAACCAAACCCGCAUUACGCUGCUCCAUCACAUACUGGAGGAAGUAGAAAACAGACACACGGACCUACUGGAACUGCCAAAGGAUCUUGAAUAUGUAUCAAAAGCAGCAGGAAUUAAUCUUGAUAUUAUACGCACAGAGUCCAGCACCAAUUUAAAGAAGCUGCUGGAGCUUCAGCGAAAAGUCUUAUCAUCAAGCGACAAUGUGAAACAACAGUAUGAGAAGUCUAUACAGGAUAGCAUUGAUGCCUCCAGAAAGCUGGAAGAAGAAUUUGAAACUAUUGAGAGGAAGAGAGAAGAACUUGCAAAUUAUCUCUGUGAAGAUCCAAGCAAGUUGUCCUUAGAGGACAUAUUCAGCACCAUGAAGACCUUCAGAGACCUCUUCAUCCGUGCCCUGAAGGAAAACAAGGACAGAAAGGAGCAAGCUGCCAAAGCAGAGAAGAGGAAGAAGCAGCUGGAAGAGGAAGAGGGAAAGAGACAGAAGGGAGAAAAUGGAAAAGUCAUUAAGAAGGGGAUGGUGAAGCAGGAGGAGGUGUGUGUCAUCGAUGCACUGCUAGCCGACAUCAGGAAAGGGUUCACGCUGAGAAAGACAAAGAACAGACACGAGUCAGACGCAAUUCCUAAAACCUUGCCUGCAGAGAGCCCGGAGGAGAACCAGUCUGGAAAGAGCAUUAAGGAUCCACAAGCAGCAGAAAAGCAGACUGAUGAUAAGGUCAAACCAAAUGAUAAUGGUCAUCCCUCAGAAAGCAUUCCCACCUCAACCACUGCCCUGAUGGAGAUGGGUGAAGUUACAAAUGCCUCAGCUUCAAACCAUGUGUUAUCUAAAAACAAAGCUGGAGGAAAUUUGCCACCAGAGUCCCAGAUGGAAAUCCCCUCAGUAAGUUUGGUGGAAGCUGAUGGGACCAGUCAGCCCAUGCGGAGUGCCAGGAUGGAGCAGGCAGAGAGCUGGGCAAGCCUCCAGCCGAGCACAAAGAGCGGAUCCAUUGCCUUCUCUGCUGUUAAUGUAGGCACCGGGAUAAGGUUUGUGAGCAGUGGCUCAGGUGCUGCUCUAAAAGACCAACUCAAUGGAUCCAUCCUAGAAGGGCAGGACAAGGAAUACCCAGCUGAUGGGUCAGAGAGCGACAGGAUGGUGCAGGAGCCAGAAACCCAGCUGAGCAAGGCUGGAGUUGACUCUGGCAGUGCUCAGUCUGCUCCCUGUGAUGAGGAUCAUCAAGCAGAGUUGAAAGAGAUGGCGAAGGAAAAUGAAGACCCUGGAACAGACUCACUGUUGGACACCUCUCAAGAGAAGUCCUUCUCAGAGGAACCAGCCACUGACUCCUCGUGUUCAGCAACACUCCCCCCGGAGCACACUCACACCGACAGGGAAAAGCAGAGGCCACCUGGAAAACGGAGGAAGAAGAAGAGGCACAGCAAAAACUACUCAGCAGAGGUUGAGACUGAUACUGGAGAUAAUAAAACAAAAAAAGGUUGUGUGGUACAAUGAGGUGUCACGGCGAGGCAGAAGAUAUAAUGGAGACCCAGCAAACCUCUCCCGCAUCCGUGAAGCGCUGCCAGCUUCUCAGAAGCCGGGUUCUGCAUCGCCAAAACACCACCGCGGCCACCUCUGCCUCACCAGGACACACCGCUUCUCCUCCCAUAGCCUUUCGCUCCCCUCCCCACGACGCAAAGAGCGUCCCUGGAGACUUUGGCCCCCUCAGCCUGUACCUUACGCCAGGUGCCUGUGGGGACAGGCACAGUUUUGCCUCUGGUGGCCUGAAAGGGUCAGACCUGCCACCUGCUGUCCUCAGAGCUAAGUCUUUCCACUUGCUCUUAGGCCAAACUCCACUUGAAAUGACAGCUGAGUGUGGCCCAAGAAAGGACUGCAGUGUGUAGCCCUCAGAGAAAUUUUAAAAAUAGCAGUGCCUCAACUAAAUUAAGGUAUAAAUUAAGCAGUGGCUGUGUCAUCAUAAGUGGAAGUUUGUUACUCCCUCUUCACAUCACCCACUGACGAUUCAUAUUGGACCAGGUCCAAGACCAAAAUCAGACAUAUGUAUUUUUAUUCUCAGUCAUUUAAAGCAAGGGAAACUGGUUACAGGGGGAAAAAAAUGUUGUGGGUUGUUUUUUUUUUUUUUAAGUAUGUAUUUUAGUGAGCAUAUGGCCAUAUAAACAGUGUCCAGUUCCUACAUCAUGCUUAUGUGCAAUUAAGUUGAAGCAUGUCAGUAGCCUUGCAGCAAUCUUCUCACAUGCACAGAUGCAUCCACCCGCUUUUGGAGACUCAAGGCCCCAGUUCCUCUUAUUAAAGCAAACGAAAGAGAUUUAUCCAGAAUGCUCUAUCGGACACAUUUUCUUUUCAGCUCAUCCUUUAGUAAAUCUCUGGGUUUGAAUUCUGUUGUCAGCUGCUUGCACUCAAAAGCCUCUGUGUUCAAGCUGCAGAAGGUGUCAAUUUGUGUUACUUUUGCUUUAAAAUUUGGAAUGUGCAGUAUUGUGUUUUUAAAAUUCAGAGCUUUAUUUCUCAAGUUUUAUAAUAAUAUUGUAUCAUAGUUUUGUACAUAGCUGUCCAUUUAAAAUGAUCUAUGUUUGUUAAAUCUAUGGUGUGAUAUUUUGCUGUAACAUGAAUCAAAUGGAAGACUGAGUGCAUUUAAGAAUUAUGCCUUUAUAUGGUAACUCACAGUGACUAGACUAAUAUUCAGGUUAAAGCUUAUUUUACUUCGCUUAACAGGACUUGUAAUGUCCUUGUCGUACUGAAAACUUCGCUGGACUAAGUCAGAAGUUAAACCAAGAAUUAAAUCACUGGUUUAUUUUAACCAAA